GCAGUGUCAAGAGGUCUAACAUUCCCUAUAUGCAAACGAAGCAACGCGAUCGGCUGGAAAUUAUACGCAAGAAAAUCAAAGCAGAACGAGAGUCAAUUAAAUCUAAAAUUGAAAAAAUUGAGAAGCUUAUAAAUAAUUUGGAAAAAUUAAAAUCAAACCCCGAAAAGAAGUCAUAAGGACACAGUAAAUCAAGUUAGCUCUGGAAAACAGCUCUGCAGUAUCGAGCAAUUUGGAAUUCUAAUUUUUGAAAUUUUUGGCCCAUGAUGUUUGGAGCCGUCAUCAAAGCCAUAAGGCUUCUGAAAUUCAGAGAUGUCCUGGCCACAAGCAGUCUUCAACGGGGAGUAAGCCGGGACAAAACAGGAGAAGAAAAGCAUCAUUUUAAGAGAAUUGAAAUGGAACAACUGAAGAAAAUUAGGCAGAAUGUAAUUAAGGAUAUGAUGGCACAGAUCGAGGCUCUGAAAUACGAGAUCAAAACCAUUGACAGAGGGUUUUCCGAAGACAAAGAGUCAGUCAAAGAAGAGUUGUUGCAAAAAAUUGAGCAGUUAAAAACUGAAAUCGAAAAAAUAAGAAAGACGAUUGGAAAAAACGAUUGAAAGUAGGCGAUCUUUCUAGUUUCAAUCUGCCUCUGGCAUUCCUUCACUUAACAGUAAAAUAAAUUUCAAGUAAUUUCAAAAUUUUCAUAGAUAAAUACAUUUUUGUUUGGAUAAUUCUUUUAAA